AUGGCAGCCGCCGACGUUGAUGUCGGCUACCUGGCCGCCCAUCUCAGCGUGCCAGAGGAGAACCUGACCACCGCCAUCACCGCCCCCACCGCCGAGCUCGUCCACGCCGUGCUGGCCGCCGUUGCCGCCAAGGCCCACGAGUUCGAUGACCUGUACACCCAGAAGGUCCAGCUCGAGGUCGAGCUCGAAACCAAUGUGCGCGGCGCCGAGGCCCAGCGCGAUGCCAGCAACGAGACGGCCAGGAAGGCCCUGAAGGACGUCGAAGAGAUCCGCCAGAAGCUGAAGCACGAAGAGACUACGCGACAGGCCCUGGAGAACGAGAUCCGCACCAUCAAGUCGUCGAGCUCUACUUCGGAAUCCGAGAUCGAGUCCCUGCGCGCCCGAAUCGCCUCCCUCGAGACCUCGAACCGAGAAUCCCUCGCCAUCAUCGAUAACAAAAACGCCGCCAACGACUCCCUGUCUCAGGAGCUGCAGGCCCAACACCAGAAGAACCUCAAGCUGAACCAGGAGCUCACCGCCGCCCAGCAGGCCGCCCAGAACGCCCAGAAUGUCUCCAACUCGGCCAAGAUCAAGGAAUCCCAGCUGCGCCAGGAGCUCGACAUGGCCCGCAAGAACUCGGACUUCUGGGAGAACGAGCAGAAGAGCAAGGCCGCCGAGCUGCUGCAGGUCCGCAAGGACAGGGGAGCCCAGAUCUCCAAGCUGACGAGCGAGAACACGGACCUGCUGAGCCAGAAGUCCAGUUCCGACGCAUCCCUCGCCCGCGUCAAGAACCAGCUCGACGAGACACAGGCCAAGCUGACCCAGUCCUUCCACGACAAGCAACAGGCCGAGGAGCUCGCCGCCAGCAGGGAGGAGGGCCUACGCCAGGAUCUAGACAGUGCCAAGCGACUCAUUGCCUUGAUGGAGGAGCGUUCCAACUCGGAGAAGCUCCGUCUUGCCGAAGUAGAAGCUCGGGUCGAGCAGGUCAAGAGAGACGGGGAGGACGAGGUGCGCCGCAUCACCACCGAUCUCGAGCACGCCCGCCAGGAGUACCAGCAAGCCCAGGCAGACACCGACAACCUGCGAGAUGAAAUCGCCCGUCUUGAGGCCCUGCUCGCCGGCGGUGGCGCUGCUGCAAGAGGCUCACCGGGCCAGCCUGGGUCGGCACCGCAAACACCGAGACCACUUAAUGGUUCCAUGAUGGGCCGCCCCGGAUCGCCCUUCGCAACGCCUGGCACUUCCGUCCGCAAGUCAAUUUCAGCCACACAAGCGUUGGAGGAGAUGUACAAGUACAAGGGCCUCCUGGCUGCUGAGAAGCAGCGCAGUGAUCGUCUUGCCAGGGAUUUCGACGAGAUGGUUGAUCAGCUGGAAGCCAAGGGCCCCGAGAUCGACGAGCUGCAGUCCGAGAACGAAAGGCUGCAGCACGAAAUCCAGAACAUGUCCCAUCUCUCCGACCAGAGUUUCCAGGAGCGCGAUGCUGCCAAGAAGGCGGCUCGAAAGGCCGAAGCCGAUCUGAAGACCGCUCAGGUCGAACUCAACAUCUCCCGACAGCAAGUCAGAGACCUCAGUGCCCAGCUGCAGAUGAUGGUCUUCGCUCUGGAACACCAAGGCCAGGAACUCACCCUGGAGGAGCAAUUGGAGCUGCAACGUCUGGAACGGGCCACCGGUUUCACUACCGAUGAUAUGACCGACGUUGACUCUCUGAUCAUCGAGCGUCUGGUUGUGUUCAAGGAUGUCAGAGACCUUCAGGAGAAGAAUCAAGAGCUACUCAAGGUCGUCCAUGAACUCUCCGAAGAUAUGAAGAACUCCGAAGACCCAGAAGCUAAGCGACAAGCUGCCGAAGACCAUGAAGAGGUCAGCCGACUGCGGGCGACCAUCACAGAAUGGGAGGACCGACUGCGGUCGUUGAUGGUUCAACAUGACGGCCUCGUGAAGCAAAGGGACAUGUUCCGACGCCUGGCCGAAAACAGGGGUGCCAGCACUCGCGGCCCCACUGGUGACGGAGAUGACGGGGUUCUCGUCAGUAUCGAAGAGAAUGGCGAUUCGGUUAUGGGCGGUGACUCGGCCGACUAUGCCACGGUGCUGCGAGAGUUGCAGCAACAAUACGAUUCCCAUCGAACCGAGUGGAAUGUCGAUCGCGACACCAUGAAGAAGCAGAUCGAGGCCUUGUCUACCGAACGAAACAGUCUCCAGUCCGAGAAAUCCAAGCUGUCCAGUCAGCUCGGCUUAAAGGACUCGCGCUUCGAGAUGCUAGAGUCCAACUUCAAGGCAGCAAAGACCGAGAUUGAACAGCUGCAGAACCGUAUCCGGGAGCAGUCUGAUAAUCUUUCGAAGCAAGAUAUUCGCACGCAGCAGGCAGCUGAGGAUUUGGUCGAAGCUCGAAGUCUUGCCGAAGGCCUGCGCAACGAGAACGCCAAUCUCAAGGCCGAGAAGAAGUUGCAUAUGGAUGUCCAAGCUCGUCUCAGCCAAGACAAUGAGAGCCUUCUUCAAGAGAAGUCUCGCCUGAAUGGAUUGCUAGAUACGCAGCAGAGUCUUCAGAACGAACGCGACCUCUCCGAAUCCGAGACGAAGCGACGACUGCAGGGCCAGAUAGAUACCUUGGAAGCGGAAUUGAACUCAACGAAACGACAGUUGACCGACCAGGUCGAAGAAGGCAAGAAGUUGCAAAUCCGCAAGGAAUUUGAUGCCCAACAGUCACAGAAACGCAUCGACGAGCUCACUGCCAAUCUCAGUCAAAUCAGAGAAGAUCUUGUCGCGGCGAGAACGAGUAAGGACCAUCUUCAGAAACGGGUGGAAGAGUUGACGAUCGAGCUUCGCACCGCCGAGGAGAGAGCAGAACGCCUGCAGCCUCGACCAACACCAAGACCUGGCUCGAUGGCCGCUGGUGGCGCGCAGUCUGGUGCCCAGGACGCCGAUGAGCGCUACCAGGAAGUCGUCCACGAGAUGACAGAUCUCAAGCGCGAUCUCGAAUUGGCCAAGACGCAUCUCGAGAAUGCGAAGGCACAAGCCGACCAAUACAAGGAAAUCAGCCAGUCUUCCGAGGAGGCGCUCCAGGGUCUUCAAAGUGCUCAAGAUGAGUACAUGCAAAUGAUGGAUUCCACCUUGGCCGAAAAGGAGGCUGCUAUUAAGGAGUCAGAGCAGCGCAUUGGAGACCUGUCAGCAGAGCUGGGGAGAUCUAACAGCGAACUCUCGUCCCUGCGAGAUUCGCAAGACGAAGUUGCCCGACGUUUCCAAGAUGAGAAGGCUAUGCUGGAAGACCAGAUCAAGCGCCUCAAGGACCAGGAGGAAAACUAUACGGCCUCUUCCACAUUCCACCAGCAAGAUCUUCGAGCACAGGCCGAGAUCGCGAGCAACGCUCAGCAACAGUAUGAGACAGAGGUUGUGAAGCAUGGAGAGACUACCAAGGCACUAGCAUCUAUCCGCGCCGAGUACAAUCAACUACGGACUGCUGCAGCCACCCUCCGAGCCGAAGCCGAAUCGGCCAAGGCCACCUUGCUGCAGAAUGAGAGCUCUUGGGAAGAUCGACGAAGGAGGUUUGAGCAGGAGCUUGCGGAUCUUCGCACCCGACGAGAAGAUGCCGACAAGCAGAGUAAGAUUCUCCACGGACAGCUUGAGAGCAUGCAGGCUCAAGUCCUGGAGUUGCAGAGGAACCGAGCGUCUACCACUGAAUCUUCAGAAGCCAUGGUUGCCCAACCAACCUCAACUGAUGUGAACAGCCUCCGGGAGCUUGCGAGCUACCUGCGCCGCGAGAAGGACAUCCUGGAGGGUCAACACGAGAUGACGGUUCAGGAAGCCAAGCGUCUCCAGCAGACUCUCGACUACACUCAGUCACAAUUGGAUGAAACACGUCUCAAGCUGGAGCAAGAACGGCAGGCUCAGAACAACACCGAGCGGUCAACCACGUCUCAUAAGGAACUGAUGGAGAAGCUUGACCAGCUGAACCUGUUCCGUGAGAGCAAUGCAGCACUGCGUGCCGAAAAGCGCCAGAUUGAGGCCCAACUUGCUGAGAAGACUACGAAGCUAGCAGAACUCGAGGAGAAGGUUCAGCCCCUUGAGGCUCAAAUUGAGGAGCUGAACAGUCAAUUGGAACACAAGCAGGCAGAGAUCAACCAGAUUCGCAACGAUCGCGACUACUGGCAGAAGCGCAGUGAGGACAUCAUUGCCAAGCACGGCAAGACCGACCCAGCUGAGGUCGAGGAGCUUAAGGCAAACGUUGCCGCCUUGGAGUCUGAACGAGAUACUCUUCAAGAAGCCGAGCAGUCGCUCAAGACCCAGGUGCAAGAACUCGAAAAGGCUAUUGGAGAGAAGGAGGCUGGCUGGCAGGCAUCAAAGGAGAGGCUGGUUGCCCAGUUCAAGGAAAGAUCGCGAAACUUGACUGCCCAAAAGAACGAGGCCGUCAGCGAGAAAGACCGACUACAGGGAGAGCUGAACGACGCCAACACUCAACUCGCCUCCACCAGGGAAGAGUUGGAGUCCGAAAAGGCCAAGAUUGCUGCAGCUGACGAGCAACUCAAAGAUUUCCAGCGGCAAGUCCAGUCUCUACACGAGGCAUCACAGCAGGAGAAGCCUGCAGUAGCCCAGGCGCCAGCGCCCGCACCGGGACCUGGUACGGGUGACGCGUCAAACCAGGAGCAAAUAUCUGCGCUUGAGCAGCAGCUUACUCAAGUCAAGGCAGAAUUGGAAGCCAUCAGCACCCAGAAAGCCACCGUGGAUCAGGAACUUGGGGGUCUGCGAGAACAGCUCAACACUGUGUCCGCUGAACGCGAUCGAGCUCUGGCCAGUGCCCAGUCCAGCGCACCCAAUGGCGAUGUCAACAUGGAGAACGGCACUGGUGAGGCUCCUGCUGCCUCGGCACCACUUACAGACGAAGAACGCCAAACGUUUGAACAAAGAAUCACGGAAGCAGAGGCAAAGGCUGCCGAAUUCGAAAAGAAGGCAGAAGAGCUCCAAUCGAACCAAGCGGCAAUUAUUAAUUCCCGCAGCGAUAAGAUGAAGGCUAUGUUGAACGACCGACUAAAGGCGAAGAACGCCGAAUUCGAGAAGGAAAGAACCCAGAUGCAGCAGACUAUUGAGCAGCAGAAGAACGACUUCGAGCUCCGUAUGGAGCAGGAGAGGAAGAUCUGGGAAGCUGAGCAGAAAUCUGGGCCGGCAGAAGUCAAGCCGCCUUCUACGCCAUCACAGCAAACCGCCCCGGGAACCCCAACGGCAACACCUUCGGUCUCCACCCCUAGCCUGGACAACUUGAAUGAUGACGAUGCUCGUAAAUUUGUGGCCAGCAACCCGACCGUGAAGAGCAUUGUUACCAACAACAUCAAGAACAAGGUUGAGCAAGCCACGAAGAAGCUCAAGGAAGAGUACGAGCAAACACAUGUUGCAAAAUCGGAGAUGGAGCAAAAGAUCACACAAGCAAAGGAGUCGGCAACCAAGAUGGCAUCGUCCAAGGCAUCUGUGCAAGUCAACAUGGCGGAGAACAGGGCUCGAACGGCACAAGCCAAGCUUGGUGUUGUGGAGGCCGCGGCAAAGGAGACCCCGGAGAAGCCCGUUGGAGAGGUCUGGGAGCUGGCCAAGACCGCCAAACCUCCUCCCCCCCCUCCCAAGCCUGCGCAAGCGCCUGCUUCCAACGGCCCGGCAGCCUCUGCGGCUUCUGGAGCUGCACAGGCUACCCCAGCCAGCCAAGUUCCCAAACCGGCUGCUGGACCUGGCUUACCAAAACCACAAGUCGUGUCUGCUCCAUCAGCGGCUCAAGGCACGACCACAGCAGCUGCCCCUGUGAACCCAUUUGCGCAGAUAUCACAGCCUGCACCCUCGCAGCCUGCAGCUGCCGCCGCCAACCCGUUUGCUUCGUCAACUAAUUCUCAACCCGCGCAGCAAACAACUCAGAAUCAGCCUGCACAAACAGCAGCUGGCGGUGGGGCGCAGCCGAAAUCAGGCAUCCCUGCACCCUCCAGCAAGCUUCGUCCACCUAGUGGAACUUACCAAGCACCACGUGGUGGUGCUCGAGGCGGUCGUGGUGGCAGAGGAGGAGCUCAGGCAGGCGGUCGCCAGAGCUUGAAUGCUGGGGCCGAAACAUUCCAGCCAGGCACGGGCAACAAACGGCCUCGCAACGACUCAGAGGCAGGUGGUGGCAAUGGAGGACCCAAGAGGAUGAGAGGCGGCGCGGGUGCCGGCGCGGCCCAACAGUAA